AAGAUCUCAGUUGGGGAGGCCAAAGGUCUUAGUUAGUACUAACAAUAUACUCAACCACAACAAUACUCACUACUGCCAGCUCGAUUUUUGGAAAGUUAAAUAGCAUACGACACAGAUACACAGGAUCACACCAUGCCGCCUUGUCGGCUGCGCCAGACGGGAAUGGGCUUUAAGCCGAGUAAUAAGAACCGGGAGAAGGAUGGCGUGGCACCGCAUCCAGUCCAUCCUCGUUCUUCCCGUUUCCAUGGAUUCUUGGGCAUGCCCUACGUGCAGCAGCACGUGAUGGUCGAUGAGCGAUGGACUCCCAUCUCGCUGACUGAGCAGUUCAAGGGCAUGACCGACCUAUUGACUCGUCGCUUGGUUUUCAAGAGUCAUGAAUCCAAAGCCGAUCGUCAGAAAAACCAACGCCUUAAGAGGCGUCUUAACAUUCAAUGUCGUGAUGGAAACCUUAAAUUGCAAAAUGUCCUUGUGGGUGAUAACGCCCAAAUGAUACGAAACUACUUGAUCAACCACAGGGACAUGCAACGUUUGUACCAGAAGAUGCCCAUCCAUCUGGUGGUCGACAACAUUAAUCAGAGGACAUUUGUUAUGCGCAAGGAGAGGGAUCGUUUGGAGUUUCGUUUGUCGCAACUGAAGAAGCAGUAUAAGGAUCAAUUGUUGGAAGAAGCCUUGCUGGAAAAUCGCAUAAAGUUUGAACACGAAGCGCUAUUGGACGAGGAAGUUAACUCCCGGAUCUUUCUUAAAAAGAUUGAGAACUCGAACGUACGUCUAAAGGCUAUCAAGACCAUUAAUAACACAUACAAGAAGAUGAUUCAAGUUCUACUCCACGAUGAGAUAUUCUAUGAACCCAUCUUGAUUUCUCUGGGCGAGGACUUGAAAGAUCAGAAAAGAUUCCUUCAACACAUACUCUAUUUGGGCAUUCCGGCCAUUGCCAAAUUCAAGGAGCUCAGUGAUGAUUUUCGCAAUAUGGAAACAAGGUUUCGGAAUACUCUGCAGGCACAGAUGCAAACCUUAACCGCUUAUAGGCGAUCUCGGGGCCCGUCGGCCAUGAACUUCAACAAGACAAAGGAGGCGGCACCACUCAACGACAUCAGGAGAUAUGUCAGGGAGACCAGGAGCAUGAUGAUCCUUAAACUAGAGUUGAAAGCGGUCGAGAAAAUUAUCAAGGAGGUGAAGUUUGUCACCCUGUGCUCCCAGGCCAAGGAAAUCUAUCCACGAAUGAAAAGCCAAGUGGAGAACAAUGAAAAACUGCAUCGUAAGAUUGUUGGCUCAAUGUUGAAUCAUGAGAUGCUAAAUACAAAAGAGAGGUGCGCCAAUGUGCUAAAAGGAGUUCUAGUCAACAAUCUCUCAGAUGAGGAAAUCAAACGGUUGGAAACCAUUGCUGAAUUGAAGAAUAAAUUAAAAAUUGGUAGAGAUUUUAAACAAGGUACUCUUAAGCAUCUCGAAAAUCGAGCGACUGCUUUCUUCAUGAUGAGAGUGAGUAUUUGGAAUCUUUUGGAGAUACUGCGCCACGUUGAGCGUCAACCAUCAAAACGACGAACCAAGUAUCCCAAUUCCUAUUUGAGGUUGCCGCUGCUGAAGUUUGAAAUGUUCAACAUGAGGGCCGUUGCUCCAGAAAUAUUUGAUGAAGACAUGGAUACCAUCUUAAACAGUGUCAAGCGUAAAAUCUACAAGCUGAUGAAACUGUAUCCGCAGGAAUUAAGUUCUUCGACUAUAGCGGCCCAUGUUGAACGUUACCAUUGCGAUUUCUUGGCCAGUUUGGAUAGGAACGCGGAGGCUGAAGACGAGGCGGCUCCACAGGGUGCUCCGGAAGACGAUCUCCUGCAGGAGAGCAAGGCCUUCGCCUCUGUUCCGAGUCGCAAGCAGAUCAAGGCCCAGAGUGCUAAGGUGAUGGAAGAGGCCGCCAAGCAGAAUGAAUAACUUGUUUUCGAAAUAUUACCAAUUAUAUACUUUAAUACA